AAGCAAACAGUGCCCAAGAACAAACUUGCCUUCUGAAACUUGUGCAUAUGCACUUCACCUGCGACUUACACUGCAGCAGAUGCUGAAGCUCUUUUCAUGGCGUUCUUCAGCUUCUCGCUCCCAAUUCUCAAACCUAAACCUCUCAUCUCCUCUAUCAGUUCCUAGUUCUUUGUUACUCUUCAACUUUCGUUCUAUAAACCAUUCUUCAACUCCAACUGACGACGACAUCUAUGACCCUCCCUUCUCCCCUACUCCCAAAACUGUAACUUCAAAGCCAAAGAGUCCUUCGAGAACACUAGAUUCUGUUAACGAUCAUAAGUUUCCUAUUCAAUCUGACCUUCCCUUUGAUUUCAGAUACUCAUACUCUGAAAGUGAUCCGUCGAUCCAACCGAUAGGGUUUCGAGAACCCCCUAGGUUCUCUCCUUUUGGUCCUGGGCGUCUUGAACGCAAAUGGAACGGGACUUCUGCUCCGGUGGAACUACCAGUAGAUCAAGAGAAAGUUUUGGAAGAGCGAAAUGCGGUGCUUGGGGAUCCCCUUACCGAAGAAGAAAUCGAAGAUCUUGUAGAGCGGUAUCGGCACAACGAUUGUGCCCGACAGAUCAAUUUAGGGAAGGGGGGAAUUACACACAACAUGUUGGAUGACAUCCACAACCAUUGGAAGAGAGCUGAAGCAGUGAGGAUCAAGUGUUUGGGAGUGCCUACGCUUGACAUGGAUAAUGUUUGCUUUCACUUUGAGGAUAAAACUGGAGGGAAGAUCAUCUACCGGAACAUAAAUAUCCUCCUUUUAUUCCGUGGUCGUAAUUAUGAUCCCAAUAACAGGCCUGUUAUCCCUUUGAUGCUGUGGAAGCCAUUGGCUCCAAUCUAUCCAAGGCUUGUGAAAAAUGUGGCUGAUGGCUUGACAUUUGAGGAAACUAAAGAAAUGAGAAACAAAGGAUUGAAUUCUCCCCCCUUGAUAAAACUCACAAGAAACGGAGUAUAUGUGAACGUAGUACCAAGAGUAAGAGAGGCCUUUAAGACUGAAGAGGUUGUCAGGUUAGAUUGCACCUAUGUAGAUACAAGUGACUGCAAGAAGAUUGGUGUGAAGCUAAGGGAUUUGGUGGCUUGUGUUCCCAUCUUGUUCAAGAAUGGGCAAAUAGUGCUUUGGAGAGGUAAAAAGGACGAUGACACCGAGUUUGUCAGUCAGUGACACAAACUUAUACUGCGACACAGAAAGAGUGUCAUUGGAAUCAUGUUUGAAGCUCAGCUGCAUCCAAGUUUGUUCUCACAGUAUGUUAGGAUUUGUGUGCAUCAAAGGUUCAGCUGUCCAAGAAAAAGUAGUAGUCAAGUAACCAACAUUUCCAGGUCCCUCUCUCGGGCAGGCUUGCAGUAUCUUGUACCCUGUGAUGUAGUCUCUAGCAUCUUAGAAAUGCUCCUCGUGUGUGGAUGUUUGAAGCUACUUGUGCUGCAUUUUUUGUUGCGAAUUGCCAUUGUAGGCUAUUUGGAUUUUGAUGCACAUUCGUGAUUCCUUGGAUUGAUUCUUAUUUAUGAAUUGUCACUUGUUUGGCAUAAAAUAGCUCACUUCUGAUCCUUCAGGCUAGCCUCCUUGGAUCGGUAAAAUUCUAACACACACAGCGGCUGAGGUUGUUUAUCAUUUCCCUGUAUGUCCUUUGUCCUAUCAGGUACUGUAAUCUUAGUAAAUGGUUUCAGGCAAAGUUGCAUCUGAUCUGGGAUUUUACAGUUUUAAUUAUCUGUAUGCUUGUUUCAUUUUUGGGAUUGCACCUAUUCAUCAUCAUCACAGUUUUUCAAUACAUCAAACUGAAUUAUGCUA